UUGAUGACAUUUGAAGAUUGUUAGCAUUCAGUACCACAUAUCUAUAAAAACGUCCAUUUAGCUGACGUGUGUUUUGAUCUAUCAAUUCGUAUUUCAAAAGUGAAACAAAAUGAAUUUGGCUGAAAUGUUUCCAACCCAUAUGGAUUUUGAAGGGCAAGGACGGGCGGAAAGACUUUCAAGAGUGAUAAUUACUUUAUUCGGCAUCGUCGGUUUCAUUUGGGGUGGAUUUGUUCAACAAUUUUCGCAAACGAUUUUCAUUUUGGCAGCCGGAGUCUUGCUCACUCUUGUUGUUGCCGUACCACCAUGGCCAAUUUAUCGUCGAAAACCAUUGAACUGGCAAAAACCGAAAAAUGUCGAUGGCGAUGAUUCGAAGAAAAAGAAAAAGUAAAGAAAACUUUAAUUUGGCACUGAAUUUUUCAAAUUGUGAAGGCGCAUUUAUUUAGAAUUUAAGAGCGAUAAUAAUUAAAACGUGCAAAAACCAAAAUAAAAUGAUUAAAUUAUUUAUCA